UCCUUUCCGCGGAUUAUCGCGAUAGGAAUUUGCGUGAGGCUCAGUGGCAUGAAGUGGCAGAAACACUAAAUAUGCAACGAGCCGAAGUAUCAGCCAAGUGGAACAGCCUUCGUUGUUCUUUUCGCGCGGCCUUCAACCGAAGGGCUCAUACAAAAAGUGGACAAGGUGCUGGAAGAACGCCUACUAUGAACCCACUCUACAAAUCGCUAAAGUUCCUCGAGCCUACAUUAAAUGUUGAAGCGAGCACCACUUCAAAUUUAAUAAAUGACAGCUCGUCGACCCUGACCACUCCAACAAUAUUGUUUGAGUCGGAAACGGUAUCUGGCGAUAUACCACCAACGCCAUCUACUUCACGACCCAAUUUAAGGAAACGUCGUGUUGAAAAAAAUGACGAUGGAUACAUUGAAGUAGUUCAACGUGCGCUGGAGACCCUCACAUCUGCUACAAAAACUGAUGCUUGGGAUGAUUUAGGCAACUUUGUGGCAUCAAACGGCCGUGAGUGGGACCAAGAAUUUCCACAACUGGCCAGAGAAUUCAAGCGGGACAUAUGUGAGUUGAUAUUUAAGUAUCAGCAGAAAUUCACACGGUAAAAACAGUUGCAGAAUUGUAUAUGUAAUAAAACAUAAUUUUGCUGUUAUUUUAUAGCUCAGCAUAAUGCCGUUUAAAUAUAAAGUCUUUAACUAGUCAAAUGAAAUGAUGUACCA